ACAAACGCAUUUACUUAAGAAGCCUCUUUAUUAAAAAUCGCUUGCACUACUUAAAUGGCUUUAGUAGACCUUACGCUUAACUGUCACUUCCUUAGUCAGUUUUGGAUCAGUGCCGUUUGAUAAAGGAACGAGAGAUGUCUUUAGUCCGGCAAUUCUCAUCGAAAUUGAGACGGGGGAAAGCUGAAAUAACUAAAAAUCCCGAGGAGCUUCGUCGUCAAAACCGCCAAAGAGCUAUCCAUGACAUAGAUCUUCCUCGCACUUUGUUGACUCACACGGUCGUGGCGCCUCCUCACAGCGGAUCUAACCUUCGGCGAAUCUAUAUCAGAACCCCGCAAAACGAGACACUGGCCGAACGGACUUAUCGGGAGGCGUACGACGACGUGCAGCGAUGGAAUCAGCAUUACUGGAAUGAACAUAAUCAAUUGUUUCAACAAGAAAAAGCUCGCUUCGUUAUGGCCAAUAGCUCGAAACAGAAUUUGCAACCUCUGGACGCGAAGAGAAUGGCCGUUUUCUAUAAACAGUUUCUUAAUAACAACCAAAAAAAACACUGGAGUUAUAAUUUAGAGUGGUAUCGCCGACACUUCAGUCUAUUACCGCUUGAAUUUCGUGCACGUUUAUCACGGCUAAAAAUCACCUUUUUCGGGAGUCGAGAAAAAGGCCGAAAAAAUAAAAUUAUUUACUAGGUUUUUGUAAUAAAA